AAAAUAAAAGAAAUGAGAAAGGACGAAUCACAUGAUGGUGUAUUCGAUUUGAUCGUGGAUUCGGCCGGCGGUGAACAAGUCCCAUUGUUGCUCGAAUUGUUAAAACCCGCAGGAAGAUUUGUAUUCUUUGGAGAGACUCGCGGACCACCAAAAGGAAUUCCCAAUUGGCGGUCUAUCUAUUUAAAAUCGCUUACAAUCAUGGGAACCUUGUUUGGGAGCCCCUCAGAGUUUCGAUCCAUGAUGGAUUUUAUUGAAAAGCAUGAAUUAGUACCAAUCAUCGAUUCGAUUAUACCAUUUAAUUGCAUCAUGGAACAAUUCAAAAAGAUGGAACAAGAAAAGCAAAUUGGAAAAUUGGUAGUAUCUUUUGGAUAA